AUGCGCUGGACGACAAGACUACGCCUUCUUGCGGCUCCCACCCUGGCAUCGUUCCUCGCAUUUGUCCUUUCCGCCGUCAAGCCUUGGGGGGGCAUAUCCGGCCAAUGGGCAUUUCUUGUCUAUACAUCAAUGCUGAUCUUCUUCUUCCCGAGAGGUAGAAUAGGUCCUCAGAUCGAACUCACAGUGCUUGGUGUCGCCGGAGGAACUAUAGGCAUCGCUUGGUCUUCUGGAGUCCUGGCAGUUGCUGCUUGGUGUGGGCGGCGGUAUGGUGUCGACUCUGAUCAGACUCGAGCCAUACUCGGCGUGGGUCUGGCUUUACUGUGCAUCGCCUCCGGUCUGCUCCGAAGCUCUGUCCGAAGGUUCAACACAUUCAGCAAGAUUAUGGUGUUCUUUCCUAUAUUCAUGUUGACCAGCCAGCAGACCAUCACGCAUAUGACAGCCGCUUUGUUUCUCGAACAGUUCUACGUUGUCAUAUUUGCCGGCAUUCUACCCCUCAUCUCAACCUUGAUCUUUGCUCCCCAUCACACUCUAUCACAUCAGUUUGGCGCUCAGGUGGAAGAAUCGCUCAAAACAAUCUGUACCCUCCUGCCAUUAUCGCUCCAGCACAUCACCGGGGAUGAAAAUCCUUCUACUGCUAUAUCAGAACCUUCUGAAGCGGAGUAUCCUACGGCAAAGAGCCUAGAGUCUCAGCCUGAUCGAGCGCGCCUACCGCCUAGUCAAGAUCAACUAGCAAAGAAGCUGAAAACGACAAUAUCAAACUUGCAAACUUCGUCCUCCUCUUAUCUUCGUACCACGCCAUCUGUCGACGGACAGCUACCCCUACUGCCGACCGUGGUCAAGUCUCUCCAGCGAAUCGUUCGCAACCCUCUCCUAGGUACCAAUCAAAGCCCUGGCGAGCGUAUCCAGGCUGCCUUGAACAAAACCUUUCCUCACAGCCAACCCGGUACCCCCAGAGGGGCGAAGGCCCGGACUCCGGUGCCCAGUGCUUCCUCUUCCAUCCGCUCACAAAGCCGUUCCGAGGUGUUCCAUCGACGGAAACCUCGGCAUCUUACCAGCUUGCUACCCCCUGAAGCGUCUAGCUCUAGUUUGGCGCUCUCGCAACAUCCUGGGCUCAAGGAACGGAGCGAAUCGCUUGUUGGUGCUAUGGUUGAGGCGCUUCAAGCGAUUGAGCAAGAGUUGCCGGCAAAGUUCGGCUGGGCAGUAGAGGCCGCAAAGGAAGACAAGGCGGAGAUGAAUCCGUACGAACGACUGGCCGGCGCGAAAGCCCGUUUGGAGGAGCAAGUCGGUUGCGUCCAGCAGGUACUGGGCUCCCUCCUGGGCGAUCUGGGCGGGGAAGACAAAGACGACACAAGCGACAGCGAGUCCGACGUGCGUCGAAGCGCAAACCCCUCGAAUUAUGCGACUUCUCCGCGGAACAGAAGCCCAGUAGCAGCCACCUUCUCCGAGACUGUCGAAGUGAGGAGCGUGCUGCAUAAUCGGGAUCGCUAUCGUUUGGCUUUUGUCAUGACUACGCUGUUGGAUUUGGCAAAGGAUAUACAAGGUCUUGCGACCACCCUCAAUGAAGCACCGGCAUAUGAAAAGCCUCUCAGCAGCUGGAUGCACUUUUUGAGGCUCCUCUGGCUUAAUAGAAGUGAUAACGAUGAGGACAGGGAUCAUCAACGUGAGGAACCAAAUCUGGUGCCAGAUGAAUCACUGCCGCACGACGAGAAGAAGGAAUUUCAGGAUAUGGACUUUGUGUCUGCCACCUUACAUCAACAGUACUCGGCGUUGUCAACCACCAGCCCGAAGCAUCGCCUGGGACGCGCAUGGAGACUUUUCUGGGACCAGCACAAAGUGGUGAAGACACGUAUCUUGAUGUCCCGUUUCAUGCACGACGUCAAACAUUCCCGCCACGUCCUCUUUGCGAUCAAGCUUGCAGGAGGCAUCUGCCUCCUUUCAGUCCCAGCUUGGAUGCCACCGGGGUAUUCGGCUCGCAAUUGGUAUCAAUCCUCACGAGGCGGCUGGAUGGUCGUGAGCUACAUGUUUGUGCUCGAAGACACCACGGGAGCUAUCCUCAAGGUGGGAUCCUUGCGAGCGUUGGGGACUUUUAUCGGAGCUGUGGUGGGGUUUGUUGUGAGUCUACAGACAGACUUUUGCCGAUACCCCGUUCUGAUGGGUACGCAGUGCGUAUUGAUCGCAGGGAAAAAUCCGUACGGCCUAGUGGUGCUCGCGACAGUCUGCUCCAUCCCGAUAUCAUACAAUGUUCUCUUCGCCUCCAUCCCUGGCCUGGGGACGUCCACCGGCAUCACACUCCCUCCCAUCCUGUUCAUACCAUAUCUGGGGCUGUCCGAUGGCCAAUCAGACUGGUUCUUGACAUGGAAUAGAUUCGUGGAUAUCGUCAUUGGUGUGAUGGCUGCUGUCCUGGUGGGCACUUGGUUUUGGCCGGUCCACGCAAGGGUCCAGUAUUUCAAAGUUGUGUCGCGAACGCUGGAGGGUCUCAUUGAAUACUACUUGCGAAUGAGCCGGGAUCUUGUUCGAUCAACGCUGGUGUAUCGCGUCGAUGACAAACGCUACGAGGAGCUUGAGGGGAAGAUCAAACGCAACAUUCAGCUCAGCCGGACACUCAUGAAGAUUCAGCAGCAAGAAGUCUCGCUCUUGCCGCGGCCAAUCAAACUCUACUCUGAGAUCAUUGACGCGACUGAGCGCCUACUGGAGACACUCAAUGAGAUUAGAAUACUUAGGUUCAGCGUGCCCAGGAAGGAGACGGUCCUUGAUGUGCUGCCCAUACGGCGAGAACUUAUUUCAACUGUACUUAUCAACCUAUGGUCUUCAAGUCACGCAUAUGGCUCGCGUAGCCCCCUCCCUCAAUUUCUUCCCUCCCCACGCGUGCCUCUUUCUGAGCUCAUGGAUGUCACUGAAGAACACUCUCGCCAUCUGCGCUCUGCUCGGCAUAAUCAUCAUCAUCAGAGAGAAACGGAGAGCACCCGCGGUACCAUGGCCGAGGGUUACCAGGCAGAGCUGGCGGUUUUAUAUGGUAUGGCGGAGAAUGAGGCAUUGGGCGAGGUCUGUAAUAUACUGGAAGAGCUUGUGGCCUCUGCGCGGACACUUUUCGGUACACAAAGCUUUUUGCAGACAUGA